AGCAUUUGUCAUAUUGUUUGCCUGCAAGUGGAAACUAAUGUAUUAGACAUGAAAUGCAUAGAGUAAGAAGAUUAGGUUCAAGGUGACCCAGAAAGUGUUAUAAAUUUUUGUGGAUAACUGUUGCUUACUGAAUUCUUGAAGGGAGUUAGUAAUAUUUUAUUUCAAAAUUGUAAGAUUGAUGUUACAUUGCUAUUCAGACUCUUCUUCUCUAAAUAACUCCCUGGUAUCAAUAUCACAAUCCUUAUUGUGAAUAGAUUUUUAAAUACUGUGUUUUGAAAACAGCAUUUAUUAUUUUUCUGAUUAUACAACGUUACAUGCCGGUUAUAGGAAAUGUGUGAUAUUCAAUAAUAUGAUAUUGACAAUUCUGUAAUCGCAUAAUGUUGCUAAUAUUCAGUUUACCCUUUUUUAUAAAUUCUUAUUAUAAAUAGGCUCAAGAUUUUUUCACUUACCAUUAUAUCUUGAAUUGAGCAUUCCCCAUUCAUCAAGUCUUCUCCUCAAACAUCUGCUUUUUUAAUUGUCCUGCAAGAGAUAGUAAUAAAGUACAGCUUUAUAGUAAUUUUCUUCCUGUAAAUUUGUGGUAAAAUUUGUCAGCCUGUUUUAUGUGCUUUUUAUGUACCACUUUCUUAUUGAGAAAAUGUGACAUAGGUCUUCCUUUAGUGUCCAUUGAUGGCAUUUUUUUGUGUGUCUUUGAGUUAAAUUAGGAUAGGAAGUGAUUUGAGAAUGUGAGCUUUAUAUAAAAUUCACAAAUCUAUUCUCUUUACGAAAUUCUGUAAGUAUCUGUUUACAUUUACUCUUGCAUAGAAUUUAGAAGACAGAGUUGUGUGUCUUAUUUGCUGCUUUAUCUGUAGUACCUAGCACAAACUUUUUCACAUAGUUGAUUAUCAGUAGAUGUUUAUGAAAGAAAUAAGAAAAGGUGAAUUCUGCUAUUUAUUCAUAUUUUGAUUUAAACUUUGUAAUUGAAUUAAAUUAUAAAUUGAUUUGUGGAGAACAAAACUCCUUAACGUGUAUAUUUGAUAAUUUGAUUAAGAACAUACUAUUUAUUGCUAUUUAUAAAUGUCUUUAAUUCUCGGUAAAGCACUGCUUAAAAUAAUUAAAUUUAUUCCUAGACUUGUAAUGUUUUGUUACCAUUAUGAUUGAAAUCUUUCUUUCUGCGGUAUAUGGGACAUUUUUUUAUAUGUAUUUAUCAGCCCCUUACUAUUAUACUGGCUUGCCUAAAGGCAUUUGGACUAAUGGCUAAUCUAGAGACAGCUUGCUACAAAUCUCCUGCCUCAUCUUCAUGCUUUGACUGGAUUAAACAUUACUAAGCAUAACCUUCUCUUUUAAAAUGUUGUUUCCUUAGUGUUGUACCUAAAUCAAUGGAAUGAAAGAAGUUGCAUAAAUAAUUAAUUCCCUAGUUCUGCAACACCUGGUCAAGGUGUAGGCUAUUCUCAAGAUCCCUCAUAUUCUUCCUCAGGAUGUAUAUAAUUAAUGACUGGUAUGGUAAGAAUGAUGCCUCUUGUCUGAGUUAUGGUUGUUAGUAAAUUGCAAACUCUUUUUUUUCUUAUAGGGAAAGUCAUCAUACUAAAUCAGAUUUAAUACAUCUAAACAAGAAAGACUAGUAUUGCAGCCCAACACCUCAACCGGCUUUGAUUAUUUCCCUCAUUGUAAUCACUAGCUCCUGUCCAGGAGAAGCAAGGUGACUCUUAGUUGGUCCAUUUCCUCCAAGGCUGAUAAUGGAGUGAAUUAUCCUUUCCCAUAUUAUAUGAGCAAAGAACUCAACACACCACUAUCUUUUCCACAUUAAUAUGUAAUUGCUAUCAGUUGAAGUGCUGGUUAAUGCAAAAGGAAGUCUGGGUUGAGUGAGAGUCUCACCUAGUCCAUAGAGAAGCUGACAUGACCCACAUCAACUUGCUCCUCCAGGAAACCGCUGUUUCCUGUUGUGGGGCAGCAGCAACACAUAGCUCAGCAAUUCUUCCCUCACCCUGUCAGGCUCACCUCACCUUGCAGAGCCUUGAAAUUGAAGAAGACACUUUCCAUCUAGAGGAAGACCUCAAACAUGCUUCUCUCCAGCCUUCUGAAGGUGGUCAUGGCUUCACUGUGGCUAGGAUCCAGUAUUGCCCAGAAGGUAACUCAAGACCAACCAGUAAUAUUAGUGCAGGAGAAGGAGGUUGUGACCCUGGAUUGCAUAUAUGACACAAAUGAUUUCACUUAUAGUCUAUACUGGUACAAGCAGCCCAGCAGUGGGGCGAUGAUUCUCCUUAUUCGUCAGGACUCUUAUAACCAGCAAAAUGCAACAGAAGGUCGCUACUCACUGAAUUUCCAGAAGGCAAACAAAUCCAUCAAACUUGCCAUCUCAGCUUCACAGCUGGAGGACUCUGCAGUGUAUUUCUGUGCACUGAGUGAGCCCACAGUGAGAGGCGUGUUGGAGGCAGGACAAACCCGUGAAGACUCAGUGACCCAGAUGGAUGGCCAAAUGACUCUUCCAGAAGGGGCUGCCUUGACCAUAAAUUGCACUUAUUCAGCCACUGGGUACCCCACUACUUUCUGGUAUGUUCAAUAUCCUGGAGAAGGUCCACAGGUCCUUCUGAAAGCCAUGAAGGACAAUGAAAAGGGAACCAAUAAGGAGUUUGAAGCCACAUACCACAAAGAAUCAAAAUCCUUCCACUUGGAGAAAGCCUCAGUCCAAGAUUCAGAUUCGGCUGUGUACUACUGUGCUCUGAGUGACACAGUGAUGGGAACCGCAGGGGCAGCUGAGCACAAACUCUUUGAGUGGCAACAAGGGGCCUGGAGGCUGAGUGUCUCUCCAUUUGAUCCACUCUGUGGCACAGUCUAUGGUGGUUUGUCCCUCAGUCUCUGGUUGAUACAAAACUCAUACAAAUUUCUAGAGAAUAAGAACAAGAAGUGAAUAUUCCCCAUACCCAGCUCUUCAUUAGUGAUUUUGAAAAAAGAGUCUGACAUCAGUAGUUCCUCAUCCAGGGCCAAAGUAAUUUCAAGGUAAAGUCACAUGAACAAUGAGACUUGGGGCCAAUGUAAGAAGAAACAAGAAGCACUUGGAUGUGUGCUGUACCCCUGUGGAAGGGUUUAGAAACCAGAAGCAUUAAUUACACUUGAAUAAUUAGGGUGGAUGGUGCUGUGUGUGUUUGUGUGUUUUGAGGGCAUUCAGGGAGUGAAGGCUGAAAAUAGGAAAACUGAAAAUAAAUAAGCAGCAGACUACCCAUGUUCUCUACCAGUGCCUCUAUAACAAGCAGUGAUCAUUUCCCAAACCCAGCAGAAAAUUGGAAGUUAGCCAUUGAUGAAUUGAGCAACACCACAUAUAAGUAAGUAAGCCAAAAUAAUUAAAAUUUUAAAAUGUAAUAAUUAACUAUUCACUUCAAGGAAAAAAUUAUUAUUCAAGAAAGUAGCAUACUCAGUCUAUAUGAUUCAACUAAAUUUUCUUCUAGGUAAGUUUUACCACCAAUAGUCAUGAUUAGGCAGAAUAUCUAUUUUCCCCAAACCUUGUGUAUUACUAAGGUUCUGGACUGUUGUUUAUCAGUUAGGCUUUUUAAAAAAAAUUUAAUAAUUUAAAAUUCAUGAAUGAGAUGGAGCUUCAUUUCAUUUAAAAGUCAUUUAUAUAUUUUUGUAUAAAUUGUCUAUUCAUAUAUCUUCCCAUCUCCUACUGUGUUAUAGUCAUUUAAAUAUAGAUUUUAAAGGACAUUGUCUAUGUUAAGAAAAUUGUCAUAAGACUGUCACAUAUAUGUGUCUUUUAAAAAAGUUUAAUAUAACCUUUUUGACUUUGUUUAUGGUCUUGAUUGUUUGGCAGGCAGAAUUUUAAAAAUAGUAUGUAGUAAAUUUUUGAAAAAUUUCUUUUAUGGAUUCUGAGUUAUAUUUCAUGCUUAAAAAUCUGUAGCACUCUAAAAUGAUAAAAUUUUAUCUCAUA